GAUCGGAGAGGAAGUAAAAGGCAGAUACAAAAAUAAAAAUAAUAAAGAAAUGGGAGAACAACCCAACUCCCAACUGAAAACUACCUACCACCCCUUCCACGCAAAGUACCACUGUUUGGUUCAGCGUAUGAAACACGAAGUGCUUCGAAUUCUAAUUAAUUUCCUUCUCUGAAAACGAAAUUGGACGGACAAUUUAUAAUAAUCACAGAUUUUCAAAUACAGCAAUUUAAUUUCGUUUUUCUGAGAUUUUUUUUUAAUUUAUAAAAUUAAAAAAAAAAGGUGUUUUCUGGGAUUUGGGCAUUCCAAAUUUCCACCAACCAAACAAAGCCCCUUUUUUUUUUUUUUUUUUUGGUGGGGUGCGGCUGGAACAACUCCGUCACGUUUCUCUGUUACCUUCUCUUCCUCCUCUGUCCGUCCAAUUUUCCAAACGCCUCUUUUAAUUUCCAAUUGCAGACAAAGUUUUUCAAUUUUUUGUUUUUUGUUCCAUUCAACUUUGAAUUCCCCAAUUUGUUUCCCAAUUUCUAGGGUUUCUUUUGUAUUUGUCAGAAGCCCUCCCUAGCUUUUUUUUUUUUCUCAAGGAAGGAAUUUCAGCCUUUUGCAUCUGCAUUCCACCAUGUCAAGCUUGGAAGAGCCACUUGCUUUUGACAAGUUGCCUAGCAUGAAUACCAUGGAAAGGAUCCAAAGAUUCUCAUCAGGUGCUUGCCGGCCAAGGGAUGAUGAUAUGGGUUUAGGGAGUCGCUGGAUUGAAGGAAGAAGUUGCAGCACAUCCAAUUGUUGCAAUGAAGAUUAUGAAGAAUGUACAAGAGAGGCAUUCCCCUGGAUAAGACAAACAAGAGACUUCUCUCAAAGUGACUCCUUCAACAGAAGGACUUUGAGCUUAGGCAGGAACCACGUUGUCCUUGGAAAUGGUUGUGAUCCAUGGUAUUCCCGAGAUCAUCAGUAUAACUCCAAGUGCAAUGACAAAGGAAUACAGAAAAUAACAAAUAAGUUUUUGAAAGGUGUACCAAAGUUUGUAAAGAUAGUUGAAGUGGGUCCUAGGGAUGGACUACAAAAUGAGAAGAAUAUUGUACCUACAGCUGUAAAGAUUGAGCUGAUUCGUAGACUAGUAUCCACUGGAUUACCUGUUGUUGAGGCUACAAGUUUUGUAUCACCAAAAUGGGUUCCUCAGUUAGCGGAUGCAAAGGAUGUGAUGGAAGCAGUUCGUGAUUUAGAUGGUGCCAGAUUGCCUGUUUUGACACCUAAUCUAAAAGGCUUCAAAGCUGCUGUUGCAGCCGGUGCAAAGGAAGUAGCAGUUUUUGCAUCAGCCUCUGAAUCAUUUUCAAAGUCAAACAUCAAUUGUAGCAUUGAAGAAAGUCUUGCUCGUUAUUCUGCUGUUACUAGUGCUGCGAAGGAGUUGUCAAUUCCUGUUCGAGGGUAUGUAUCAUGUGUUGUUGGAUGUCCUGUUGAAGGAGAAAUUCCACCAUCAAAAGUGGCAUAUGUGGCAAAAGCACUUUAUGACAUGGGCUGCUUUGAAAUUUCUCUGGGUGACACAAUUGGAGUUGCUACGCCUGGAACUGUUGUUCCCAUGCUUGAAGCUGUCAUGGCUGUUAUUCCUGUUGAGAAGCUGGCUGUCCACUUCCAUGACACUUAUGGACAAUCUCUUCCAAACAUUUUGGUAUCCCUCCAAAUGGGGAUAAGUGUAGUGGAUUCGUCCAUUUCAGGCUUAGGUGGGUGUCCAUAUGCCAAAGGAGCUUCAGGGAAUGUUUCCACUGAGGAUGUGGUGUACAUGCUCAAUGGACUUGGUGUGAAAACAAAUGUGGAUUUGGUAAAGCUCAUGAAAGCUGGGGAUUUCAUCAGCAAGCAAUUAGGCCGUCCAUCUGGUUCGAAGACUGCUAUUGCCUUGAGCCGAGUUACCGCAGAUGCCUCUAAAAUAUAAGAAGUUUCUGGUGGAUAAGUUUAAAUCUACAUAAAUAACCCCCUCAUUUUAGGAAUAAAUCCAAAGCCAUGAACCUAGUAAUUAUUUUUUUGAGGGGGGAAUAGUUAUUUUGUUUAGCUGCCUAUUGCAGUUAACAAAACAUCAGUGUACCAUAUUUAGUCUUUUAAGUUUUGAUGUCCCACACAAAUAAUAUAAAUCAAUGAAAUCAAUAUAAUAUAAGCAAAUAUUUAAAUCA